ACGUGCAAGCGGCUGCCGCCCAUCGCUCGCCGGCGGCUGAUGCCUACCGAAAAAAGACGACGGAAGACCUGCGCCCAGGAGAACGGCAACCGGGCGCGUUUGUUAGGAGCGGCCCUCACGCUGCAGCGGCCCGACCUCUUCGACGUCAAGUGUUCCUACCUAGCGCCGCCGUCGAACUUCACCUGCGCCCAGACGGAAGUCGGCACGCACCACCGCCUGGAGCUCGAGGAGGCGAGGCGGCUGGUGUUGUUGUCACCGCGCGCCGUGAAGGACUCGAGGUGGGUCGAGCCCGAGGACUACGCCCGCUACAAAUACGUGCUGAACCUGCCGGGCCAGACCUCGGGCUCGUACAGCCGCAACCUCAACCACCUCUGGGCCGUCGGUGCCAUUGUAUUACUGUGGGACGCGAAGAUCGUGGAAUGGUACUACGCCGCGCUGCAGGCGGGCGUGACCCAUCUCUCGGUGAACGCGUCGACGGCGGCCCGCGUUAUUGAUGAUUUAGACCCUACAACGAUCGAGAGACUCAUCGAAGGCGCUAAAAAAGUACAAGAGCUAUUGGUCUGCCCCGACUGCAUCGCGCACUACCUCAGACGAGUGGUCGAUGCUAUCAGAGAGCGGGUCUCCUACCGCUACGUGCUCGACGACCGGGAUGCGAUUCUGGCAUUAGCCGAAAGAGCGCGAGCGUGUCGGGAUUUCGUGGAGGUCCGCGUCCGCGUGCGAAGGCACGGGCAAAAAUUCAGAGCAAGGGGCGGCGCGUCCAUGUGCGAGGUGCUGCGCCGAGGCAAGUGGCGCGGGCCGCCGCCGCCUGCCGUCAAGGUCGCGUUGGACGACUCAUUAGGCCCGCGGCCGGCGUUCGCGCCGCGAACGGGGCAGUUCGUCGUGCCCUGACGCCUAGUCGGCGCGACGGCGUAGAUUUCAAACAGGAUAUUAAGCACAAACGUAUCUACUAGAACUUCCGCAGCGCCGGGUUCACCAAAGCCGCGAGCUGCUGCAGCGGCGCCGGCGCCGUCGCGGGGAUGUCGCGGAUGUAGUCGAUCUUCCCCUCGGCGUCAGAACCGUAGAACGAGAUGCCUUUCGGACCGUCGUUGCCGUUCACGCGCACGAGCCACGUGAAGCAACACGCGUCGUCGCCUCGCGAGAGCUCCGUGGGCACGAACUCGAUGCCCGGGAUGUCAAAAGCUUCCACAAACUCCUUGACCUCGGCCUUGCCGAGGAACGGAUUGGGAUAGUUAAAGUCCUCGUAGCGGAUGUCCUCCGCGAACAACUCCAAAGCUACCGCGGGCGUGGCACCCUUCGGGUAGGCCUCGUUCCAGAGGUAGUCGGCGAUUUGUGCGGCUCCUUUUGGCGAACGCUUCUCAUAGGUCGGCACCUUGUCCUCCUUCUCGAUGUUGGCCGUCGCGGCCUUUAACAGAGCUUCGGUCGCUUCGCCCGGUUUCAGGAUCGGUUCGCUCCCUUCUCUGGCGUACACUAAUUUCCCAUCUUCGAACUUGACGAAGGUCGUACCUCUCAGACCCUCCUUGCCAUUCGCAUCCUCUCGAUGCCACGUGAAGCCACCACUCACGGCAUCACCGGCGAUGCGGUCGCAGACGACUCUCGUACCUUCCGGGUACUUCUCCUCGAAGUACUUCGCGAUCUGGCCGGGCCCCGUAAAAGUAUCCGAGGCGAGGUCCUCGUACUGGGCGUACGACGCGCAUAACGCCGCGACGGCGUCUGGGUUAACACCGGUCGGCGCGCAGACGACGUCGACGAGCUUCUGGGCGGCCUUGUCUCCGCUGCCCGGCGCGGCCGACGCGACUGCGUUCUGCGCCGCCGUCAUGAAGUCGGCCACGAAGCUCGCAUGGAGCGUCGUGCCACGCCGCGACGCUGCCACUGAUGAUGAUGCAGGCACUAAUGCUGAGGCGCCGAGCGCGGCGCAAGCGAGGAGGAGUCGAGCAGCGUUCAUAGUCAUCGUACCGCUUGCUGAAACUUCAAACCCGACGAGCAAUGCGUCUCCGUGGGCAGAGAUAGGUGCCGAUGACGCCGAUGCUGGAUUUUGUCUCUCGGAGAGCGUGCCUGUCGAGCAGCCCGCAGCGCUAGUCACGCGGCCCAACAACCGUUAUCAACAGCGGCGCGCGACCACUCCGGGACUAUCUUCCAGCGGCGAGGCAACCGGGCGCGCACGGCGCGGCAUGCACACCUCCCAGGCUCUCCUUGCAGCCAUCACCGGUGCCGCCGCGAUGGCGCCGACGAAGAUCCGCAGCGCCACGCCGAAGUUCGCCCCGAUGCCGGCCAUGCUCACGUCGACCGUCCCGGGCACCUGGGCCCACGACACGAUGAGCCGCCGCGUCGUCGAGGACAUCCUGGACAAGGUGCGCUCGCGGCGUCCCGUCGUGUAGAGGCGCGUUCACGCCAUCGACGCGACUGGUGUCCAUCUCACGAUGCCGUGGGUGGUUUCUUUUGCGAUUUCGAGGCCGUUAAUGCUCCACGCAGGUCGUCUACGGCGACAAUAGUGAUGCAGCGUGGUUUUCUGAGGCGAAGCCGUCGUUAGAUGCUUUAAGAGCCGAAAUACUGGCGGACGCCGAACUAAGGCCGAUCGAAGGCGCCGGUGAGGACGUCGCGGAUUGGAACGCACUACUGGCAAAGUAUCCCGGAGGGACCUGGCUCUCAGCGCCUUGGUUGGUGGCCGAGUUCUACCUGUACCGGAGGGUGGCGGAAGCGACGCAAUGGUUCCGCGACGGGAAUACACGAGGGGAACAGAAUAUUGAGGACGUCUUCGCCAAAUCUAAACAAGCGGGCCUCGCCUCCGCGACCACGACUCUGGAAGCUUUGGCGGCGCGGACGGUUGAGUUAGUUUGUGAUGCCAAGGCCUCAGCUUUUUUCCUCUCGCUGGCUCUCUGGGGCAACCGCAUGGAUUUGAGUUUGUGGCCCGCCGAUGCUGGUGUCGCGUCGUCGUCCGAAGCCUUUGACCAGGUGCUGGCUUCUUCCUCGGAACAACUCCUCGCGGACGACACGGAGCAAGUGACUCAACUCUUGGACACGUUACGGGCCAAAGGAGGCGGCGUCAUUGAUCUGGUGGUGGACAACGCGGGCUUCGAGUUGUGUACGGAUUUACUGUUAGCGGACCAUCUUGUAGGAAGUGGCGCGGCGAAGUGCGUGCGCUUCCGCGUGAAACAUCAUCCCACGUUUGUCUCCGAUGCUUUGGAGCGCGACGUCGACGCCCACAUCGCGGAGCUUGCGAAGGGUGACGGCGCGGCGGCGAGCGUCGCGAAACGGUGGGGGGAACGCCGUGCUAGUGGAGAAUUCGCCUGCGUCGCGGACACGUACUGGGCCAUGCCGUACGCGUUGUGGGACGUUCCUGAAACAUUGUACGAUCAUUUGAGGGACAGUUCAUCUCUCAUCAUCGUGAAGGGCGACGCGAACUACCGACGAGCCUUAGGCGACCGGCCGUGGCCGCUCGACGCGCCCUUUGCGGACGUGUGCAGCUACGCGCCGGCACCCUUAUUGUGUUUGCGCACCCUCAAAGCGGAGCUCGGCUGCGGCAUGGCUAAACAAGGCACGGACCGCGCCGCUUCUAGUGAUGAAACGUGGCUCACGGACGGGAGGUGGGGCGUGGUGCACUUCUCACCGGCCGCCGACGAGUAACUAUAACCUUAAGUACCCCAGCUCCUUUGCCAGUCCGCGAGGUCCACUCUUCCCGUUUCGCCGGCGUGAACCGGCUCGCUUGGGACCACCUCGCCGGCGUGAACGGGCUCACCCGGAACCUCGCCGGUGACCACCCCGCCAGUGACCACCUCGCCGGCGACUGCCUCGGCCGCGGCGGCCCGACGCGUCUCCACGGCUAACGCGCCGGACAAGGCCGCGGCUGUGCCCGGCGACAGGAGCCCAAAGCUUUGCUCCCGCACUCCGGAAACCUCGGCGCGCGCCGGCUCCGUCUCUGGCUCGGGCUGUGGUGCUUUCGGCUCCGGCGCGCCGGUCUCACCAACAUUCGGCCACCAGGCCGGCGCCGGGCCGUCACACCGCGCCAGGAUUUCUUGUGACGCGGCCUCGGGGUCAUCGCCCGCGCCCUCGGACGCCGGGACGUCCAGGUAGGUGGCGCGAUACACAGAGUCGGCAGUACACAGCGCGCUGCACGCGCACCCGCACACGAGUCCGAUGCAGCCGCCGACGAGCCCCAUCAAGUACGCGAAUUCGUGCCAGUAUACUGCGGGCGCAAUCACGAGGUGCCAUAGAAGUGCACUCACCACCAGGUAGUAGACGAUAGCCCAACAGCACAGCGUCUUCCUGCGCACCGGGUACUUCGCCCUCCAGAGCGCGGAGGACUCACAUGCGACCAAGGCCCACGAAAAGGCCACGAGGAACGCGAGCGCCACGAGGAAGUUCCAGAGGUGGGGAUUCGGGGGCGGGCACCCGUCGUCGAGCCACUUCUGGCGCCCCGGCUGGUCCUUGGCCUCGUUCGUGUGGUCUUCUAUCUUUUUCCCGCAGACGCCCGUAUAUGCAUAAUUGCUGCCGGACUCAGCGUGGUCACAAGGGACCCCAUCAAUUCGGGUGGAGAAUUGGUACGUCGUCCAGCCGCGGAUGCGAUUCUUGCACCGCUUGCCGUCGACGUCGUCCGGACCGAGCCAGAGAUUCGGCGCCCUGUUUUUUCCGCUGUGGGUGUACUCGAGGCAGCAACUGAAGCCGUGGUACUCACGCUCGCGCUCGGUCGCGAUCUCGAAGCUCAGGCACUCGGGGUCGGCGGCGCACAGCGUUCGGCAUGCCUCGACGCUAUGGUGCUCGACAGUGACGCCACAAUCGAAACAGCCCCCCGCGUGAACGCCCCAGUUCACGAACUCGUGUCUCUUGGUCCAACACGGGUCAACGUUGUCCACCACGAAGCCGGGGGCCCAGGAUUUGGGCGCGGCGGGCUCGGGGCAGAGGUCAUCGAUGUUCUCCAAGCACGCCGUUUCGAGCCAGAUGCCUUGUUCAAAGCUUAAUGUUUGUGGAGGACACGAAUCAGAGCCGUACUGCUCGGCCCACUUGAUAUCACUACUAUUGCAGCAUCCGCUCUUUUGACACCGCGCAGGUUUACACGUAUCAUCACCUUGUUGCGCGAGGGCAAAAUCACACGUCUCAGGUGGAGGACACGCAUCGUAGCCUUGCGCCUCAGCCCACGUUUGAUUGCACGCGUACCGCCCGCGGCCCGCCCAGGUCUCGUCCAGGUAUUUCAUGCAUUGCGCAGUAUAAUAGUCUACGCAGGAGCAGCGCGCUGUCCUUGCGAGGAGGGCUGCUGUGAGGAGACGGAGCAUGGCUGACGGAUAGGAGCCGCCGGGAUGCUCGUUUCGCCUUCGGGGCAGCGAAGGGAAGCGGCCGGAGCAGCAAUUCUCAGGCUGCCCGCAGCACCG